CUGGGUCUGUCAAGAGACGCCGGUGAACGAACACACCGACUUUGCACGGUCCGAGAAAACGGUACCACACCAACAGUGCGAGCGCCAAACGAAGUGGUGUGCGUGAUUUUGCUAGUACGGCAGUGAUUGGCAAGGUACAGGAGGCGGGGAGGUGAUUUCGUGCCCGUUUAAAUUUGUCGUGCGGUUAGAUCAUCAGACUUUACAAAGGUCUUUGGUGAACAAGGUGCCACGCAGUUGCUGGUAGAUUUGCUCGAGUCGAAACCGACCGCAUAAAGUCAUAUAAUGUCUGACGAUGAUUUCUUCUUCGGUGGUGAUGAGGAUGAUUUGCCACCACCAGCGCCGGAACCAGGCGAAUUGUUGAGGAAGCUCUCAUCGAUCUCGCAAGCAUCUGCUGCAGCGGCAAUUGCUGCCGCCGCCAUUGCCGGACUUGAGGGCGGAGAACCCCCGGCCGAAGGAGGCGAGGGCGAGGCGGCCGCAGCACCGCAAGAGUCCGAAUUCGAAACCGAGUACCUGGAUCCUGACAGGUUACUGCUUUGCAGGCAUUGGAUCAGGCCGAAAUUCCUGCAGUAUAAAUAUUUGUUCGACUACAGGCAGAAUUACUACGAUGACGUAAUCGAUUACUUGGAUAAACGACAAAAGGGUCAGAAGCGCGAGAUCCCGCGACCGCAGACUUGGGCGGAGCGCGCCCUGCGCACCUACAGCAACAAAUCUAACAGAUCCGAUUUCUACAAAUCCCUGGACGACGACAAGAAGCUCGCUGCCAGGAUGAAGCUCACCGGUGCAUUCUAUCACUAUCACAGUAGAGAAUAUUUCAAUAGGAAGUAUUCGUCGAUCUUGUAGAUUUAGGAUUUUCCACAGGAAAAUAUCGCGUUCGUAAUUAUAUUACCACAGUAUGUUCAACAAGCUGCCUUGUUACGAGUUUAUCUGAUGAAAGAAAGACAUUGUGCAUAUAGACAUGGAAUAAUUUUUUUUUAAAUAAACGAAACUAAACUUUCAUAA